AUGGCACGACCGUAUGAAGGAAAGCUGGCCAUCGUCACCGGUGCCUCGCGAGGUAUUGGAGUGGCAGUGGCCAGGCGGCUUGCGGCCAAGGGCAGCAAUGUGCUCAUCACCUUUACCUCGGACUCGUCCAAGGAAAUGACGCGGCAGCUCAUCGAGGAGCUCACAUCAAAGCACAAGAUCCACAGCCACUCAGUCCAGACAGAUCUCGCGCAGGCAUCAACAGCAGCACCCGCCAUCGUCGAGGCCGCCCGGACCUUGUUCCACAGCUACAACCCAGACGGCAAGUUCCAGAUCGACAUGCUCGUCAACAACGCCGGCAUCUCGUCCAACCAGUUCAUGAACGACCCGGAAAAGGGCCCCAUCGUCGAGGCCGAGUUCACCCGCAUCUACGCAGUCAACGUCCUGGCGCCGCUGCUCCUGACCCAGGCCGUGGCGCCUCACCUCCCCACGGACCGGUCCGGCCGCAUCGUCAACGUGUCGAGCGUGUCGGCGUCCAUCGGCUACCUGGGCCAGUCCGUCUACGCAGGCAGCAAGGGCGCGCUCGAGGUCAUGACGCGCACGUGGGCGCGCGAGCUGAGCGAACGAGCAACCGUCAACUCCAUCAACCCGGGCCCGGCCUGGGGCGACAUGUACGCCGCGGCAGGGCCAUCGUUUUGGACGCGCAACCAGCCCUACGUGGAUGCGGCGCCGCUGAUGGCGUACGACGGCGAGGCUGAGGUGCUGCGGCAGGCGGGCGACGAGGCGGACAAGUUUGACAAGCUGGUGAGGGAGGGCAUGGGCGGGAGGAGGCCCGGGUUUGCGGAUGAGAUUGCGGGCACGAUUGACAUGCUGUGCACGGCGGAGAGCGGGUGGACGACGGGGAGCGUGGUGUGCGCCAAUGGCGGCAUGAGGAUGACGAUUGCGUAG